CAUUGACGAACAACAACUCCAAGGACACCGCGAAAUACUCAGACCGCUACCAGCUCGACCUUGUACUCCAUCGCAAGGCCUCUUAUACUCUCGUUCCAAGACACUCGACCCCUCCCCACGACCUCGAGAAUCUCCCGCAGCUUCCACUACCCCCACGACCACCACCCAGCAUGAAGGCUCUCAUUCUCGUCGGCGGCUUCGGCACGCGUCUUCGCCCGCUCACCCUCACGCUCCCCAAGCCCUUGGUCGAGUUCGGAAACCGUCCCAUGAUCCUCCACCAGAUCGAGGCACUCGCCGCCGCCGGCGUGACCGACAUUGUCCUCGCCGUGAACUACCGACCCGAGAUGAUGACCGCUGCGCUCAAGAAGUACGAGGAGAUCUUUAAUGUCAAAAUUACAUACUCAGUGGAGACAGAGCCACUCGGCACGGCUGGUCCGCUGAAGCUCGCGGAGAAGAUUCUGGGCAAAGACGACUCGCCUUUCUUCGUGCUGAACUCGGAUGUCAUCUGUGACUUCCCCUUCCAAGAGCUCGUCAAGUUCCACAACGCGCACGGUCAAGAGGGUACGAUCGUCGUGACCAAGGUCGAGGAGCCGUCAAAGUACGGUGUGGUCGUGCACAAGCCGGAUCACCCAUCGCGCAUUGACCGAUUCGUCGAGAAGCCAAUCGAGUUCGUCGGCAACCGCAUCAACGCUGGUAUCUACAUCCUCAACCCAUCAGUCUUGAGCCGUAUUGAGCUACGCCCGACUUCGAUCGAGCAGGAGACUUUCCCAGCCAUUGUCAAGGACGGUCAACUCCAUUCUUUCGACUUGGAGGGUUUCUGGAUGGAUGUCGGUCAGCCCAAGGAUUUCCUCAGCGGUACUUGCCUGUAUCUUUCCUCCCUCACGAAAAAGGGCAGCAAACUCCUCACCCCAACCAGCGAAUCGUACGUCAACGGCGGCAAUGUCAUGAUUGAUCCAUCGGCGACGAUCGGCCAGAACUGCAAGAUCGGACCAAAUGUCACCAUCGGACCUAAUGUCGUUGUUGGUGAUGGCGUUCGUCUCCAAAGAUGUGUGCUCCUGGCGGGCAGCAAGGUGAAGGAGCACGCCUGGAUCAAGAGCACGAUUGUUGGAUGGAACAGCACAGUCGGUCGAUGGGCACGAAUGGAGAACGUGUCGGUGCUCGGUGACGAUGUGACGAUUGGCGACGAGAUCUACUGCAACGGUGCUUCGGUGCUUCCUCACAAGAGCAUCAAGGCCAACGUCGACACUCCGGCGAUUAUCAUGUAAUUUCUUGACGAUAUUUCAAUCCUCCGCGCACGACAUCCUCAUCUUGGCUCGGCACUCUCGCAUGGAGGAUCAGCCACUCGAAUCUCAUCUCACCACUUUGGGCCACAAGGCGUCCGGGAAGGCAAUCAAAAAGCAGUGAUGACGGCGUAAACACAAAAACAGGUAUACACUGGGCAAGGCCACGGCGUUCAUGGCGUAAUAAGCAGCCGCCUGUCAGGCUGUCACUACUGUACUUGCUUCGUAGUACUAGUGUUUGUCCCGUGAUCCC